AUGGGAGCAUCGACUGGAAACUCUUCAAAAAUAACAAAGACUUCUGCUAGUGGGGCACACUCUUCAUCGUCUAACCUAGAGACACCUUCAAGUUAUGAGUAUAACUCAUCAUCACCAAUGGAGCGUCCAAUGGGACAACAAGCAACAAAAAGGAAGGGUAAGGCAAGGGAAAAUGCCAAUGCGCCUGAAUUUACUUCUAAUAUUGUGCAAGAUACAUGGAAUAAAAGAGUAGCAUCAAUGAAAAGACUAGCUCAAUCUAAGGAGGAAGAGAUAGAGUUUAACGCAAUGAAAUUCAUCACGUCAGACACUUUUACAAUGAAUGAUAAUCAACCGAGUGUUCAUGAAAAAUAUUGUAAUAAGCUGAAAGCAAAAUAUGCACUUUAG